ACAAUGUACAUACACAUUGGAUGAACUAGGCGUGUAUAUGCACUUCAUUAAGCUAACAGUUUGUUAUCCCGCGCGGCUAGCUAGCGAAUCCGUAGCAAACGCUGCUGAUAAAUAUGGCACUUCUGCUAGCUACGUUAGAGUAAAUGUGGUCAACCUACGUUUAAAACAAGGAUGCUUCACUGGGUGUCUCGGCCGUAGAGGGGGUGAUGCAUAUUAUAGUUGACAUACAUUUGAGGUUUUCGAAAAGAUUGUCAAAUAAAACUGAAAUGUAUUAGCUAACGUUACUGACCUAGCUACGUUCGCUGUUUUCGUAAAUGACCUACUAUAGCUACAGCGUGUUAUUUCAUCCAGCGACCGUACAAUCUGGAUAUGAAGAGGUCCGCCAACUCUCCACAUCCUUAUAAUGCUUCAGUGUUUGUUGCAUCUGCAGUGAAAAUGAUGGCUGCCCAAUCAGUUUCCAUGGACAAGUACACAAAGAGAGAGCAGCAGGGUGUGGAGCAGAAGGAGAGUGAUGCUGAUCAUGAUCAGAAGUUCAGUGAGGAGAGGUUGGCUGCAGCCUCCAGUCCUGCCCCCACUGAACCCCAGACACCCUUUGAUGAAGAUAAGGCCUCCAUAUACCGGCAUCCCUUGUUUCCUCUCCUGGCCCUGCUCUUUGAGAAAUGUGAGCAGUCGACACAGGGCUCAGACUGCAUCACGUCAGCCAGCUUUGACGUGGAUAUCGAGAACUUUGUCUGCAGCCAGGAGAAAGAGGGCAAAGCAUUCUUCAGCGAGGAUCCUGACCUCGACAAUCUGAUGGUGAAGGCCAUCCAGGUGCUGCGGAUCCACCUGCUAGAGCUGGAGAAGGUGAGUGACCUUUGUAAAGACUUCUGCAGCCGCUACAUCGCCUGCCUCAAGACCAAGAUGAACAGCGAGACCAUGCUGAGUGGAGAGCUUGGCAGCCCCUACUCACCUGGACAGGGCUACUCUCCCACCAAGACCCAGACCUCCAGCUCUUUCAAAGGAACCCUCAGUCCCCAGGGGAUUGUGGUGGCAGCGUCAGCCCUGCGGCAAGGCAACGUAACAGUCAACCCCAUACAGGUUAUGGCAGGUGGCGCAGUGUACCAGCCUGUCACAGUAGUCAACUCACAGGGUCAGUUGGUGUCACAGACGCACUCUCCCCAGACUAUACACAUUCAGAACACACAGCUUCAGCUGCAGCUCAACCAGGACCUGAGCUUCUUCGGCCACAACGACAGCUCGUCCAAGAACAAGCGUGGCGUCCUUCCCAAACAAGCGACCAACGUCAUGCGCUCCUGGCUCUUCCAGCACAUCGGGCACCCAUACCCCACAGAGGAUGAGAAGAAGCAGAUCGCUACCCAAACUAACCUGAGCCUCCUCCAGGUCAACAACUGGUUCAUCAAUGCGCGGAGGCGGAUCCUGCAGCCCAUGCUUGACGCCAGCUCUUCGGAGACGGCCAAAACCAAGAAACCGCUUCCGAACCGGCCGCUACAGCGUUUCUGGCCUGACUCCAUCGCCACGGGGAUGACCCAACAACAGGUCCAGAUGGCAGACGGCACCAUGGUGACAAUGAGUGUGGAGGGUCUCCAGAGCCUGACUUCAGACGGCGCCACGCUGGCCGUGCAGCAAGUGAUAAUCGGCGGGCACAGCGAGGACGAAUCAGGAGACAGCAGGGACGAUGAUGAGAUGACUGGGCUGGGCCUGGACAACAGUGACUCCCUGCAGUAGGACACACACAGGCGUACUGUAUACAAUCACCACAGGAGGCUGCUGAGGGGAGGACAGCUCAAUAAUGGCUGGAAUGGAGAAAAUGGAAUGGCAUCAAACACCUGCAAACCAGGCUAAUUUAUUUGAUACAAUUCCACCGAUUCCGCUCCAGUCAUUACCAGAAGCCCGUUCGCCCCAAUUAAGGUGCCACCAACUUCCUGUGACUCACACACAAAAACAAACGUUGUAUGCUGCGUUGAAAAUAUGGUAAUUCAGGCCUUCCACAACAAACAUACAUGAUGUAUGCAGACUGAUAUUGAAUGAUGUAGGCUGCUAAUGAAGUGUGCACACACACACUAGCACAAAAUCAGAUCAAUGUUAUGCAAAAAAAAAAAUAAUGGCGGCUCAGAUCAUGUAUGUACUGUAGAUACUGAUAUAGCAUUGCACGUGCACACACUCUAAAUCAGUUUACACAGCACAACCACAAGAUAUACGGGAGCACUCCUGAUGUCCAUUUAUUGAACGGAGUGCGCUGUGUGUGAGAAGUUUCAUUUCAGAAACUGUUUUUCACUACGUAGUCUGUAGGCGAGUGCACUUUUUUUGUAUAAUUCUACGCUCCAAAAGACAAAAAGAACAGACGCAGCUAAAACAAAUCAUGAAGUGUUUUAAAAAAUUACGUUUGUACUCCGUUAAUAAAUGUUGAAUGAUUCUUA